AUUUACUCUGACUGGAGCUAACCUCUGUUUUUUUUUUAGCUCCUUUCCAGUUGUAGCAGCCGCCGGUGAGCCACUAUGCGUGUGCAGCCAUUGCUGAUUUCACUGCUGUGUCUAGCUGCGUGGAGUGAUGGAGGGAAGGUGCUGGUGUGGCCUGGUGAGUUCAGCCACUGGCUCAACAUGAAAGUUAUCCUGGACGGUCUGGUGGACAGAGGCCAUUCUGUCACCAUUAUCACUCAUACUGCCACUCCGUCUGUUGUGACCAAGUCCUCCAGGUUCAACAUUGAGAUCUUGCAGGUUCCGUAUACCAAAGCGGACAUCACAAAAAAUUUACAAGAAAUGCUGCGUUACUGGAUGUAUGAUCUGCGUAAUGACAGCUUCCUGAGGGCAUCGCUGAAGUUCAAAGAGAUCAUUGACAAAGGAGUGGAGCAGAACGAAGUACUGUGCAGGAUCCUGUACUCGAAAAUGGGCCUGAUCGAGAAGCUGAAGCAGGAGCGCUAUGAGGUCGUGCUCCUUGACCCCAUGUCCAUGUGUGGCGACCUGCUAGCCCAGACCCUGGAUGUGCCCUUUGUGCUGUCUAUGCGCUUCAGCUUUGGAAAUGCCAUAGAGCGACAGUGUGGGCAGCUGCCCACUCCCCCCUCUUAUGUGCCAGGAGCUGGUUUUCAGUACACAGACCAGAUGGAUUUUGCUCAGAGGACGAAAAUGUUUCUUUUUUACCUAUCUCAAGAUAUUUUGCUCCAUGUCAUGACAUAUUUCAAGUGGGACCCAAUAUACACUGAACUGGCGGGUAAACCAACCAAAUUGUGUGAUGUCCUUAGUAAAGCUGAUAUUUGGCUGAUCAGGACCUACUGGGAUUUUGAGUUCUCCCGACCUCUUCUCCCCAAUUUCAAAUUUGUUGGAGGCCUGCACUGCAAGCCGGCAAAGCCUCUUCCAGAGGACAUGGAGGCGUUUGUGCAAAGUUCUGGGGAUGAUGGUAUUGUGGUGUUCUCUUUGGGAUCCAUGAUCAAGAACCUCACGAUGGAGAGAGCAAACACAAUAGCCUCUGCACUUGGACAAAUACCUCAGAAGGUAUUGUGGAGGUACAGUGGUGCAAAACCAGAGACACUGGCUUCCAAUACAAGACUUUAUGACUGGCUUCCCCAAAAUGAUCUACUAGGCCAUCCCAAGACCAAAGCCUUCAUAACCCAUGGUGGCACCAAUGGGCUCUAUGAGGCUAUCUAUCAUGGAGUGCCCAUGGUGGGCAUCCCCCUGUUUGGUGACCAGCCUGAUAAUCUGAACCACAUGAGGGUGAAAGGAGCGGCUGUCAGUAUGGAUUUCAACGAAAUGGAGAGCAAAGAUUUGGUGGAUGCCCUCAACACAGUGAUUAGUGAUCCCUCAUACAAGGAAAGCAUGAUGAGGCUCUCCAGGAUUCACCACGACCAGCCAAUGAAACCUCUGGAUGAGGCCGUGUUCUGGAUCGAGUUUGUCAUGCGCAAUAAAGGAGCGAAGCACCUUCGUGUCCAGGCCCACGACCUCAGCUGGUACCAGUACCAUUCUCUGGAUGUUAUUGUAUUCCUGCUUGCCAUAGUGGGACUGUUCAUUUUUAUUGUAGUAAAAUCAUGUUGCUUCUGCUUCAGGAGGUGUUUUGGGAAAAGUCCCCCAAAAAAGAAAGCAGAAUGACAUUU